GAAAGGUGAAGGUGACUAACAACAUAUUUGCAGCAACAGAAAAAAAUAACAAUUAUAUGUACUGGUGAUGUGCAGUAUUCACAAAAUGUCGUAUGAGAAACUGCAGUUUUAGUAAAGUUUUAAGAAUAGAACGAUAACAAGGGAACCUGGGCCAAGUUUAUGAGAGUUAGCACAGUCAACAUACAUACAUAUCCUGUAACAGUUUGGGGAUGGCAGAAGUCCAUGUGAUUGGACAGGUGAUUGGCGCCACAGGUUUUCCUGACCAAAGUUUAUUUUGCAAAUGGGGAAUUCACACAGGUAGUGCCUGGAGAGUACUGGCAGGGUUGAAAGAAGGACAAACCCAGGUGGACAACCCACAGGAUGAUGAAAUAACACACUGGUGCCAUCCUAUAGAUAUCCACUUUGCCACCAAAGGAUUACAAGGCUGGCCAAAAAUACACUUCCAAGUUUGGCAUCAGGACAGUUACGGUAGAAAUGAACUUUACGGAUAUGGUUUCUGUCACAUACCCAUGUCACCAGGAAUUCAUGACAUAGAAUGUCCAACAUGGAUGCCAAAGGGGACAUUCAGGGAACAGAUUUCACAGUUUUUCCUUGGUGGGGGACCCCAGUUGAGAGACCCAGACUUUGUAUACAAUGGUAACAACAGGUUUACAUUAUCAACUGUUGCCAUGGGAAAAGUUCACUUACAUUUAGGGAUCAUCCUGAGGAAUUUUGACAAGUUUGGAAUUGAAUGCUAACAUUUCUUGACUGACAGGCUUGGCUGAUGUCUCAACUGACAGAUUAAAGUUAAAAAUAUUCCAUUGGACAACUUUCAGAAGUCAGAACUGUUUUAUAAAAUAUUUGUGAGCAACUUUUUUUAAAUACCAUAAAUGUAAAUUCAAGAUAACAAUACCUGUAAUAUUUUAUUUGCUAGUAAAGUUGUGUGUAAAUAGUUUUGUCUUACUGAGUUUGCAUUUUUUUUUCAAAAUGAUCUUUGAUACAAGUGCAGGGGUUUAUAUGUGUUCUAUUUAUUUUAAGAAGAAAUGAGAUAUAUGGCAAAUUGUUUUUAUGAUGUCAAUUUACAGAAAAAUAUCAUUCAGUGGUGCAAAGUCUGUAACUGAUUUCUCUGCAUGACUUAGUGUUUGGUAGUACUUCAUAUAGUAGUCUUAUUUUAGCUUUGAAAAUUGUAUUGUUUUCAUGUUUUUGUAGAAGUUUUGUGAAAAAAGGUACACAACAUUUGUUCAUUUUAUUUAUCUCGCUUUAUUAUAAUACGUUUAUAAUGAUGUAUAGAAUAAAUUUAUAAACCAAAA